AGCCAUUUGGGCUCCAGGCUUCCUCCCAGGGACCCCUUGCGCUAACCAGCAGCUCCUCAGCGCCGCGGAGCCAUGUCGUACCGCUACGGGUACGGCGGAGGCCUCGGUGGAGGCGCCGGCGGCCUCGGCGGCGUGUACGGCACGGGCCGCGCGUACGGCGCCAGCGGCAUGUACGGCGCGGGCGGUGCGUACGGCGCGGGCGGUGCGUACGGCGGCGGUGGCGCGGACUGCGGCACGGCGUGCUGCGCGACUACCACCGCUUGCAUGGGCUGCGGCCCCGGGUGUGGCGUGGCUUGUGCCGAGGGCUCGGGCUGCGGCGGCGGCGGCGGCACGAUCCUGAGCUACGUGGGCCCGGGGGGAGACUACGUCCAGGAAACCACCUACAAGUACGUGGGCAUGGGCGCGGGCGAGUUCGGGGCGGUCCGCAUCCCUGGGCGCGGCCCGAACUUCUGCCUGGUCUGCCUCGUGCCCCUGGGGCUGUCGCUCCUUCUGCUGCCUCUCCUGCUCUUCGCGAUGGCGCCGGGCUCGACGACGACCACGACGACGACGACGACGACCACCACCCCGGUGAUCGUCACGACCACCCCGCCGCCUGACACCACGACCAAGGCCACCACCACGAAGGCCACGACGGCUGCGCCUCCGCCCCCGCCCCCGCCGCCGCCCCCCCCACCCCCCCCGCCGCCGCCUCCGCCGCCCACGACCACGGAGAAGCAGAUCAACUGUGGCGAGGGCGACGUCGUGUCUUGGGACGUGCCCAAGAAGGUGUACUGCUGCCUGCACGAGGGCAAGGGCUGCCCGACGACGCCGGCUGCACCCAGCACCAUGCCAGCGCCGGUCGUUCCCGUUGCGCCAGUGAUGACAACGGCGAGGAGCACAACGUCCCCGUGCCCGAUUGACUGCAAUGCCGGCUACAACGAUCUCGACCCGCUGCAGUGGGUGCGCGGCUGGUCCGGCGAGAAGAAGCUCUACUGCUGCAAGACCGCCAACAAGGGCUGCCCCUCGGAGCUGCCCCCGCCCUCGGGCCUCCCGCAGGGCGACGCGCCCCCCGAGGAGGACAAGAGCCAGUACGACUGCGACGCGGGCUACCACCACUGCAUGCACUGCCUGGAGCUGUCGUGGUCCCCGAAGAAGAUCGCCUACUGCUGCAAGAACCAGCACAAGGGCUGCAAGGGCGAGGAGCCGGAGUGAGAGGCCCGCGCUCGCGUUUCCGCCGCGGCGGCCUGAUGCGCGCCGCACGCCCCAUUUUUUUUCGGCUGCGCCUGCCGGGUUGUGGCAGGGGAGGAGAUCGGAGGGGAGCUCCGGAGCACUUCUCGAUCCAUAGAGCGGCUCGCUUCGCAGUUGGAGGCAGCCGGGCGGGAGGCAAAGUUACACCCGCCCGCGAGGGAUUUCUUCUGCGACAGAGCGUGACCGCGAUGAGACUCCAGACCAGCGACACGGUUCCCAUUGGGAUCGAGAUCAUCCAUCCGGCAUCGCUCGGACGUGUGCCUCGUGUCUCGGCGAGGGCCACCGAGGAACAUCCUGGUGGACCCUUUUGCGAAGACUGCACGCUCCCACGAGUUGCCACCGAAGUUGGAAAUGGCGAAC